UUUGGUUAAUAUAGUGUUUUCUAGUAAUUGGAUUUGGACCAACAUUUUUUUCAAUUGAUUCUUAAGCUACCACGUAAGAUAAAUUGACAUCUUAAUUAAAGGACACCUAAAUAGUAUUUCUUUUUGAUUAGUACAAUUUAAGGUUACAAAUUUUUAAAUGAUACUCCGUUAAUAUACAUGGGAUAUUUAUAUCAACGACCAUAACUUUCUCUCUUUAAAAGAAAACUACCACAACUCUACGAAGAAAUAUAAUAAAGUUUAAAUAUUUAUACAAGAUGUAAGUUUCACUCAGUUUUUGUGUGUGAUUGUGUCCCUUAAAUAAUAAACUAGGUAAACAUUUUAAAGUUCUGGAAAAGAAUUAUCUUAUUGCUUUCAAAAAAUUUACAAACAUUCUUAGCAAUCGUAUAUAUAAGAACAUAAUCCUAAUAAUAAGAAUACAAUCUAACUAACAAUAAACUAAAUAUGAUAUAUCUCUUAAUAUCCUCCUUUAAAUAGAGCAUGAAGAUCACAAAUGUUCAACUUGAAUUAUAGUGUAUGGAAAGGACGGCCAACAAGUAUUUUGAAAAAAAACAUUUGCCAACUGUACCGUGGUACGGAUAUAUACUUUGUUCGAACGAUUUCAGUUUUUAUGUCAUCUCUAAUAAAGUAAUAGUCUAACUCUACAUGUUUUAUGCUCAUGAAACAUAAGAUUAGCUCCGAUAUGAACCGUCUGUACAAUACAAAUCCAUCUCUCUAGAAUACAUCCUGCUUCUUCGGCUUCCAUGAUACAUGAGAGUUUCCCAAUUGUACUCUUAAAUAACUAAACCUCAGAAGCGUCUCUUAAAUAACUAACCUUCAAAAGCGUAGGUUAAUAAAAUAAGUUGUUGUUUUAUAAUUAGAUGAUUUUUAGACCGAACUGAUGAAUAUAUAGUAGACAGAUAUUUAUAUUUCGAAUUUGCACUUAUAUUCUAUAACAUCUUGUUAUAUUACAUUUGAACACUAAACUGUGAAUAGAAUUUAUUUUUUUCAAAAUUUUCAUUCUUAGAUAUAUAUAUAUGGAGUGAAAUUAUUUUUUUACAGAUGACUAUUUUUUUAAACUGACACUUAUGUAAUUCACCGAAUUCAUAGAAGAAGUUAAAAAAAAAGAAACAAAACACAUAUCAAUGAAACAUAAACGAAAACACAAUUUUAUAGAGAUAAAAAAUGAAAUCACUUAUGGAGAUUCAAUAGUAAACAAAUCGAGAGCAGAAAACAUAAUCCCCUUUUGUCAUUUUACAAUCAAAAUUGCAUAUCUGGUUUUUGUGAUUUUGUCACCCGCAAAAUUUUAUUUUAUUUUGUGCAUAUGAAAUCUUAAAAAUAACUAAAAUGAGUUGUAAUACGUUCACUUUUCAAUAACGAUAAUACAUUUAAGAGAUCAAUAUUUCUAUUCGUCAUUUUUCAAUCGAUAAAGAUUGUAGUAUUGCAAAAUGUUAAAUCUAAUUAAUGAAUAAACAUUAGUAUAAAAAAUUCACUAUGCGCAUUCGCGCGGGUUAUCAUCUAGUAUAUAUAUAACCUAUGCCCCAUGAUAAAUUCCUAAACCGAUCCUAAAAUAAAAAUAAAAUGGAGAGAGUUCUGGCAAAAUUAGCAAAAAUUCGUUUGCAACUUGCUAACUUUCGUUCCCCUUUCUUCAUCUACUUCUUCUACUUCUUUUCCUUUUCGCUUUUAGGGUUCUUGGCACUCAAGGUCUCAAAGCCAAGAACCACUUCACGUCCUCAUGACUUGGAUCUCUUCUUCACUUCAGUCUCCGCAAUCACUGUAUCUUCCAUGUCCACCAUUGACAUGGAGGUCUUUUCCAAUACUCAACUGAUCAUCAUCACUGUCCUCAUGUUCCUCGGUGGAGAAGUCUUCACUUCUUUUCUCGAUCUCUACUUCUCUCAUUUUAGCAACUUCGUCUUUCCUCAUAACAAAAUUAGACAUCUUAUGGGCUCCUUAAAUAUAAAGCCUCCGACAGAGGAUCGGCGUCGCGACCUUGAGAAUAUUACAGAUCAUCUUAAGCGUCCUAGCCAGAUCAAUGAAAGGGCGUCUAAGUAUUUGUACUCGGUGGUUCUUGGUUAUCAUCUUGUUACAAACCUAGCAGGCUCCGUUUUAGUUCUUGUGUACGUAACCUUUGUUAAGACGGCGAAGGUUGUUCUUAGUUCCAAAGAAAUCUCACCUGUUACCUUCUCCAUCUUCACAACGGUCUCCACUUUUGGAAACUGCGGGUUUGUCCCGACAAAAGAGAACAUGGUCAUCUUUCGCAAGAACUCGGGUCUUCUCUGGCUCUUAAUUCCUCAAGUAUUCAUGGGAAACACAUUGUUUCCUUGUUUCUUAUUUUUGCUCAUAUGGGGGCUUGAUAAGAUCACGAAGCGCGAGGAGUUUGGUUACAUUCUCAAGAAUCACAAGACAAUGGGAUACUCUCAUUUACUCUCCCUUCGUCUUUGUGCUCUUCUUGGUUUGACGGUGUUAGGGUUUGCGAUGAUACAGUUUUUUGUUUUCUGCACCUUUGAAUGGAACUCUGUGUCUCUUGAAGGAAUGAAUCCGUACGAGAAGUUGGUUGGUUCGUUGUUUCAAGUGGUGAAUUCCAGACACACUGGAGAAAACAUUGUUGACCUUUCUACGCUAUCCCCGGCCAUCUUGGUACUCUUCAUCGUCAUGAUGUAUCUCCCUCCAUACACGUUGUUUAUGCCGUUGACCACCAUAGAGAAGUAUAAGGAAGAGGUAGAGAGUCAUACUGGAAAUGAAGGGAAAAGAAAGAAGACUGGAUUCUUCGUGUCACAACUUUCGUUUUUGGCAAUAUGCGUCUUUUUUAUUUCAAUCACUGAAAGCCAAAAUCUACGACGAGAUCCACUCAAUUUCAACAUCCUUAACAUCACUCUCGAAGUUAUCAGCGCAUUUGGAAACGUGGGGUUCACGACCGGUUACAGCUGCGAAAGGCGCCUAGACAUCAACAAUGGUAGCUGUAAAGACACCAGUUAUGGGUUUGUUGGACGAUGGAGUCCCAAUGGAAAAUUUAUACUUAUAAUAUUAAUGUUUUAUGGUAGAUUUAAGCAGUUCACAGCCAAAUCGGGUCGACCAUGGAUACUUUAUCCAUAAAAUGAUAUAUAUAUAUACAUAUGUAAUUUAUAUAAUACAACUAAUCUUGUAUGUCUGUAGUUUUACCGUUUUUGUUCUUGUGUUAUGUUAAUGUAGUAUACAAGCUUGUCUGUAGUUCUCUAUCGUUGAUGUAACAUAUAUAUAUAGUAAUGUUUUUUUUUCUAUUCACAUCCAUAUAUAGUAAAGUUAUAUGUAUAAUAUUAUACGAACAUAACCAGUCAUAUUCACAAUAAAAAAAAAACAUAACCAGUCACUAAUAUUUAGUUUUAUAUGCCAAGGCAUUUAGAUAAUCUCGUUGGCUUGGUUUGGAUUUUGGUUUUCUCUGUUUUAAUAAAUUUAUCCCAAUGUUAUACCGAACUUAAAUUUGGGCUAGUUCGUCUUGGAAACUUUAAAAUCCUGUCUGGGUUAUGGCUAAGAUUUCUCUUCCCAAAUGAACCAAAAUUGAAACUCCAAAACGGUUUUAUGAAAUUUUGGCUUUAAACUAUUUGAUUAAUUAAUACUGAAACAAAGAGUCACGCUGCACGCACUGGUACGUUUUCUCUCUAAACCUGAGAUCUAUUUGUUUCACCUCCACUGUUGCAUCUCUAAGCGUCGGCUCCCUCCCACCGGUAUGGUCAAGAAAAAUUUCCCCCCAAAAACUCCCUCCUCGUCGUUCCCACACUGGGAAUGGUCAGCCCAAAGCCUCAUCCUUAAUUACAACCCCAACGUCUACGCCUAAGUCUUAGUCGUACAUGAGAGCUCGUCCUCUGCUGCAGCCUUCCCCGCUAUGGAAUUGGCAAACCUUGAUGUCUAAGCUGCUUCUCCGGAAACAGUAUUGGUCAUUCCAGCAACCAAAUUGCUUGAAACAUCAACUCGAAAAAGUUAACUUCCUAGAUAAGACUCAAACAUUUAAGACAAAAAACUAUUGAGAGUACAAAUGAAAAGUUCACUAUAUCUGAGCUGGUAAUAUUUAUCAGCUUUGAACGAUUCAUUUUUAAUAUCUCUCCAGUUUACUUGACCGGUAAGGGACCAUGAUGUCUUGAACUAAUCGGGCUUUGAUGUAAACCAAGGUUACAUCUAUAAUAUAGCUUUAUUCUCAACAUAAAUAGUUUUUUGAGUUUUUUCCCGUUGUGUUUUACUUUGUCGUGAAUGUCUGGUUGAUCAUGAGUAACUUAUAAAAUACAACAUGACCUUCCUUAUCAUAGGAAAGGUCACAUUUCACACUCAAAAGGUGAUUUUUAAUUAGCUUGUAUUUUAAUAAUUAUCUUGUAAUACUCCACAUAUUUUAAAAAUCUUACAGAAAGUGUCACGAGAGUAUAUCGUAAUAGUAAAGUUUAUAGAUUCUAUUUUUGGGUGUUACAAAACAGUUUCAUCAUGGUUGUAUCCUGAGAUUCAAAAAUCGUAAUGAACCGUCACACAUUACAAGUGAUUUAUUGAGUUAAGGAAAGAGAUCAAAUCUUAACUCCGUGAAUUCGUCUAUUUCCUUGUGAUUUCUUAAACGUUUUCAGUCUUUAUUUUGUCGCUUUAUAUGUUUUCCGUUCGUGAUUUUCAAUUAGGAUUUUCGCGGUUUUACAAUCUUCACUCAAUAAAUCCGUUCUCUGCUUAUCACAUGAAUCAGAUUGAAUAUUGUGA